AUGGCUACACAGCACUCGAAUGUCGCUCUGAUACCUCAGGAACAAUAUGUGGCGACAUUUCAACAGCUUGAGGAUUACGCCUGGGACUCGGAUCCAGAAUUCCAAGGUGGUCUACAAGCAAUACUCGGGUCAAAUUCUUCCACAGAACAAGCUGAGCACCUGACUCUGCGUGCCAGGUGCUUCUACUUUGCUCGCAAAAACAACAUUCCCAUCGACUUCAACGCCUACCAUACAUGGCGGUCUCAGCAGUCUUCCUCUCUUGCCAAUGGCAUGUCAGUCAUAGCCUCAGCGUCUGACCCUUUCAUCGUGAACAACAUUUCCCCGAGACCUGAAUCAACUUCUCGCAAUUUCACAGACACCAGCCCAGGAGACGUAGAGCCGCCCGCACCAUAUCCGACAUCCUUCAGCCAAUUAGUCGAGCUAAUCACAAGUGGGGAGCUAAUACCAGGUAUCAAGGAAGUUCCGAAUACUGUACUAGAAGGGCAAGCUUCUCAACCAACGACGGCCAAGCGGAAAAAACCAUGGGAAAUGGACGAUGCUAGUACCGGCGAGGAGGUUGUUGGAACAAAUCAUUCACUCACGAACAUUGCAUAG